AUGAUGACGACACAGUUGGACGUAAACAUGGAGGAGAGAGAGGCACUGAAAAGGCAAAUCGAAUUGUUACAAAAUCUCAUCAACAACCACAAAAGUGUGCACGGUGAUGCCCCCUCCAGUGCUGGUCCGCGUCAGCAGGAACGAGCAUCGUCAGCCAGAGGGCACGCUCUGAGCUCACAAGUCCCUCUUUCACACCCGCCCAGUGGCGUGCUUAACUUGCCCGCGCCUGCUGGCCAGUGGAGGAAGACGUACUCCAUCAGUAACAAGAGAGGCGAAGCCUCGCGGGAUAGACCCGCGCACACCCCAGUCUCCGUGCCCUCCUCCGGCUCCUUGUCGAGGUCCCUGCAGGCAACCCGAGCAGGUCGAAGCAACUCCCAGCCCAGCCACUGCCUCCAGGCAGACCUCGACGACGGAGAGAGUGGCGGGGCCGGGGGUCUCACUGGAGGAUCGUGUGCCCAGAGGAGAACACUCGCGUCCGCCACUGAGGUUUUGCCCGGCAAGCGGAGGGACGGGGCCGGAGGCGAGGCUGGAGCCGGCACCGGGGCGCCCGCAUUUGCGAGGACUGGCGUGCCACCGGACGACUGCCCGAAGCAGCUGAAGCAGAAGGUCCAGUCGCGGCAUGAAGCUUCCAAGUUCACCUGGGUGAAGAGCCAGGAGGCAGGGGGAGCUGGGCCCCAAGAGGCCCGAGGCGAACCCCUGCCCCCAGAAACACUCACCGGCCCCCCCCCCUGCCCCGGACUCCAAUUGUCGUCUGAGCCUCCCCAGCAAUAG